CUUUUUGGGUCCUAACAGGAUUUGGAAUAGAAAUCUGCCCUCGUUAAUCCAAAAACCGAAAUCAGAAUUUAAUUGAUUGGAAACUGAUUUCAGAAUUUGAGGUUUAAGAAAGGAAAAUCAAAGCAUCGGCGGGUAAAAGAUGUCGUCGUUGUCUCUGAUUCCUCUUCCAUCAUGCGUAUUGGUAACCUUCUUUAUCCAUAUCUUGCUAUCUUCCUUAAAUCUCCCGUAAGUUUGUUUUCAAGCCUGCAAGCACAAGGAGAUGGUUGCGUGAAAAGGAAGAACCGAGCAAGUCUGCGACGAUUCCAUAUGGCGAUUCAGACCAGACGUGGUUCGAUUGACGAUGGUUGCGUGAAAAUGGGUAGUCGUAUUAAAGGACAACGUCUUCACCCCAAUCGGAUGUCUCCGCCUUCGGAACCUAAUCCCGAUGCAUCGGUUACACCAUCAGAUGAUCAACUCAUAGUGAAUGAAGAACCAAAGAAACAUUUUUCCAUCGAGGAGAUCCAAAUCAAAUCAUUGCCCUCCUGUAGCAACAAAAAAAGCGAUGCCGACUGACAUAGAAGAUGAGAUUAUGGACGAGAAGAAUCUUACCCAUCUUGAUGAAGACGAUAUCGCUCUUCUCAAGACUUAUGGAUUGGGGCCAUAUUCCACAAGCAUCAAGAAAACCGAAAAAGAUGUAAAGGAAAUGGCCAAAAGGAUCAACGAUUUAUGUGGAUCUUGAUUAGGUUGAAUUUUGAAAAUGUAUCAAAUAUGUUUAUGUAGAUAAUUCAAUGGAUAAUAUUGGUGAGAUUCCAAUUCUAUUGGAAUGGAAUCACAUAUUCCAAUUCUGUUGGAAUGGAAUCACGAAUUCCAAUUCUGUUGGAAUCACAGAAGUUGAUGCUUGAAGAACGGACCACAAAAUUAAAACGGACCACAUUAUUCUUUUAGAAUGUAUUAGACGUUGUUAGAUUUUGAUGUUUUCUUUCCCAUUUUGAAAUCUUUUUCAGUUUUAUUCUUUCACAAUAAAUGUAAUUCUUAACAAUUGUUACCCGUAUUCUAUAACAAAUAAUGUAUUUUUUGUUUUUAUUCUUCAA